AUGCUCUGUUGUGGAUCCCAGAAGCAAAAAUCGCCUCGCAAAAAGGACGACAGUGUGCAAAUGUCUGCUAGCUCGAAGAAGCCGUUCAGUGGGAAAGAAAAGCGGACGAAGGCUGAAGAAAAGGCACAUUUAAAAAAAACAGAAACCAGGAGCAAAUCAGAUUCCAGUUCCCCGGGAAAAAGUCCAGGUAAAAAUGUAAAAUACCUGGAUACCCCUCCCAGUAGUACUGGAUCCAAGAGAAAAAAAUCUCCAGCACUGGAUAUGGGUAUAAAGAAUAUGGAAGUACAGGAUGAUGAUAGUGUUAUACAGACAGUUGAAAUUGUAAAGAGGCCUGGUCAGACACUUGGAUUUUACAUCAGAGAGGGCAAUGGAAAUGAUAGAUCAACAGGGGUGUUUAUAUCCCGUAUCGCACAGGGAAGUAUUGUUGAAGACAAUGGAUUAUUACGAAUAGGAGAUGAGAUAUUAUCUGUUAAUAAAGUCGAUGUAAGCCGCAUGAGUUUAGACGAUGUUGUUAUAUUGAUGUCAAUCCCUAAGAAGUUGGUGCUUUCAAUUCGAACUCAACGUGGUAUAAGUUCCAAGUCAUUGACAAGUCUCGGCCCAAUAGAGCCAGAGAAACCGGUUGUAGUGUUAAAAGGGAAAAAUGUACCUUUAGAAAACACUGAUAAAAUCAUGGAGGAUUAUAAUUUGGGGCGGGACCCCAGAGUAUACCCCCCACCUCAAGGAGUGCAGUAUUUACCCAAGGACUUCAUUAAAUCAGGCCUUCCAAAAAGUUUCCAGGGCUAUAGACUAGGAACUGAGGAAGCACUGAUACAUGAUGACUCUAACGAUAGUGGGAAUUCCACUGGAACUGGCAUUAGUGAAGCAUCUAAAGUUGAUUCUCCCCAACAGGAGCAAUCUAAGGACCAUAAAGACGAACAAAUCCAUGCUCCAAAAUCCCCUGCUGAACAACUAAUAUCAUCAAGGGGUAUGAAUGGAGAUUUAGUAUUUAGUGAUUCUGACACAGACCUGAUAAAAACGUCCAUGAAUAAGCAAUAUCAAACAUUAGAUAUCCCAGUGGGCCUCCCUACCAUGAGUGUUGGAUCUCCAAGAUCCUCUAGAAAAUAUGAUCAAUCUCCCCAACAACCGACAUAUGGAUAUUAUGACUAUGCAUCUGAUAGUGAGGUUCAGAUGCCACGUUUACGACGUCCUGUCAAUGAUGUUCAUACAGUACCUAAAUAUAACUCAAAAUAUGGAGUAUACUCUUUAGAUAGUCAACAACAACAGCCAGAGCAAAUCCAACAGGGGGCUCUUGUUCCUCAGUUUGGAGGGGUCAUAGCUGAGCUGCAAAGGGUUCAACAACAUGGUGAACAACAACAGCAACAACAACAACGUCGGACCCCUGACUUCACAGAUGCUUAUAACUCUGAUUCAGAGGUGGUCACAAUGCACAGGGGAUCAAGACCACCAAGGUGGGGAACAACAGCACCUGUCGAUUCUAAGACCUCGAUGGACCCAGAGGAUCGUAGCUUCUCGUUACCACGUAUGGACGCAGGUGAAACUGAGGCUGAAAGAGGGACGUGGAUUCAGAGGUUUGAAAAUUUGAAUGCUCAGAUGAAGGACCAGGGUAAAGGUCAGAGAGAAAGGAUAUCGCCAGAAGGACGACCUAAUUUGUCACAGAGUCAGACAGCAGGUUCUGGAGGCAACUUUCUAUCUCCACAGGACCCUGGGGUAUCAUCAGAGGAGUACUGGUCUUGGCUUCACAAUCGGGGCACACAGGCAGUACCCAGCAAAUUUGAGCAGACCUCCCAAGCCUCCCAGGUUAACCCACAGAAAGCCUUGACAAGGAAACACAGUGCCGAUUCAUUAACCAUGUAUCAGACAUAUCAAAUGCCCGAUUUCACAGAUUUACCACUUAGCCAUGACCAGCGGUUAUCCGCUUUGAUGCAAAGUAUGGUCCAAACUCAACGCAAUCUUACUCACUCGCUUACCUCAUCCAAUAUCAAACCAAGGCCUGGCACGGAGCAUGAAUCACGAACAUUACCAAGGCCGAGUUCUAAAAAUCGGGACCUCCACUUAUCCCGUAAACCAUUGCAGUUGAAACCGGAUGACUUUUACUUGUAUCGACCCGAGGGUCAUGGUCACCCCGGGAGUAAUAUGAAUGGGGUAAUAUCGGUGCAUAUAUAUUGUGGCCAUGGCCUUAAAUCCUCUAAAACUGUGCUCAGGGACCUUUACUGUGUGGUACAAGUAGAUUCAAUAAACAGAGCCCGAACAAUGAUCCGUACAGGUGCUAUCAACUUUGAUUGGGAUGAGGGGUUCGAUGUUGAGUUAGAGAAUGCAAGUGAUAUGUGUUUUCUUAUAUACAAUUGGGAUCCCAAUAGGAGACAUCGACUAUGUUUCUCUGGCAAUGUGAAUCUCCCGAACAUGCUUCAAAAGUCCUACAAACAAAAAGUGGCUGUGAGACUUGAGCCAAAAGGGAUUAUUUAUCUGAAUGUUGUAUAUAAGGAAGCGGCUGUGAGUUUACAGCGUACACCAUCUAUGAAAAAGAAUGCCAUCUUUGGUGUGGAUUUAGAAACAAUCGUGAAACGUGAAAAAUUAGGAACCAAUGUGCCAAUACUUGUGAUGCAAUGUAUAGAUGAGAUUGAACACAGAGGCCUGGAUGUGGUGGGCCUCUACAGGCUGUGCGGUUCUGCUAAGAGGAAGGUUGAACUACGAGAAGAGUUUGAACGAGAUAUCAGAAAAGUUGAACUCUCUCCAAAUAGUGUACCCGACAUUAAUGUAGUGACAGGCAUUCUGAAAGACUUUUUACGUGAACUCCCCGAGCCGAUCUUUACCAACUCCCUCUAUCAGAUGCUCUUGGAUGCAUUGUCUGUUCGGUUACCUAGCGACCCUGGUGGCAGUGCCAAACUCAUGCUCAGCAUACUUGAAUGUUUACCCAAAGCCAACCAAGAAACCUUAGCCUUCCUCCUUGAUCAUCUAAAGAAGGUUGCUAACAGGGCAGAGGCCAACAAGAUGACGACACACAACCUAGCUGUGUGCUUUGGACCAGUUCUGCUUUGUCCUGCUUUGGAGAACAAAUCUGAGAUCGAGGUUGGGCUCGAGUUUAAGAAACACAUCGAAGUGCUGAAGUAUCUACUGGAAAUCUGGCCUGAACAACGAGAAUUGAAGAGCAACCCAGCAACUUCACCGCAGAGAUCCAUUAUGAGAGCGACGUUACAGGAAGUCGCCACAGGCUCUCCCCAGAGGUCAACAAUCAGGGCAGCAAAUAUAUCACAAUCCCCAAAAACCUCCCCUCAGAAGUCUUCAUUUCGGGUGGCUCCUGAGGGUAGCCAUGAGUCACCCAAUAGAAGAUCUAGGUCAAGGUCAUCAGAGAGAAAACCAAAGGGAGAGGUGACGUGGUUAGAUUCUGAGGAGGUCUCUACAUGUUAGGGACAUUGAAAAGUGAGCCGAAAUAACAGGAAAAUACCAAAGAUGACUUUCUUUCUACAUUAUUAUACAUGUCAAUAUAUCUAGAGAUCAUUAUGUUAUAUAUUGAAUAUAAAACAGCUUAGAUCACAUAUUGCAUUACAAGAAGUGAGGGUAGUUUUAGUGCAACACCCUCUAUGACAACCUUAGUGAGAAUAAGUUUUUAAUCUAAUCAGUGAAUACCAAGAUAAUAAGUGUGAAACACAAAGGCCAAUUUGAAGGCAGGGAAUUCCUCUGAAUGAGGUAACAUCAUAUCAAUGUGUAUAGGAAGGAAACAUGACAGCCGACAUCUGAAUAAUCUUGAGUAGUAUGUUUGGAAACCUUUAACAUACCCUCAUGAUAAAAGAAUGUGCAAUGUCCAUACAGAAACCGUGAAUACAUGUAUGUCCUAAGGGUAAUGCUAUUAGACUUGAUCUACA